AUGGACGCCGUCACCCCAGAAAAGCGGCAAAAUCAGUCUCCGGACAUUACUUCCGCCCAGGACGCCGAAAAGGGAGCCCACGUUACUGUUGAUGGCAAGCUCAAGAAUGAUGCCGAAUCAGAGUCUGACUUUCAAGAUGGUGUGCGCGAAGUUCGUGCCAUCACAACCAUCUGGACCAAAUGGACGCUCUGGAGCAUGUUUGCGCUGUUGUAUCUAAUCUCGUUUGUCGACUAUCUCCAAAACGCUCUUGAUUACGCCCUCAGCCCUUACAUCACCUCCGCAUUCGGCCAGCACGGCCUUCUCAACGUCGGAGGCAUCCUGUCCACCAUCAUCGGCGGAUGCGCGCCGCUGGCUCUCGCCAAGGUCAUUGACAUUUGGGGCCGCGUCGAGGGCUUUCUCUUCAUGCUCCUCAUCUGCGUCAUUGGCAUGAUCAUGAAGGCCGUCUCCCACAACGUCGAGACCUACGUCGCCGCCCACACCCUCUACUGGGCCGGCCACAUUGGCAUCCGCUACGUCAUUGGCGUCAUCAUCUCCGACAUGACGAGCCUCAAGAACCGCAUGAUCUUUAUCGGCUUCAGCAACACCCCGCGCAUCGCCACGGCCUUUGCCGGUCCCGCCAUUGGCAAGCUGUUUUAUGAAAAGUCAAACUUUCGCUGGGCAUUUGGUGCCUUUACCAUCAUCCUCAUCGCCAGCUGCAUGCCUGCCAUUGGCCUGAUGAUGGCCAUGUACCGCAAGGCGCGCAAGCAGGGCAUCGUCGAGAAGCGCCAGCGAUCAGGCCGUACCCUGCUUCAGUCGCUCAAGUUUUAUGCCAUCGAGCUGGACUUGGUUGGCAUCUUUGUGCUCAUGUUUGCCCUGUCUUUCCUGCUUUUACCCUUUAGUUUGGCUCCUCGCGCUCCUCAGAAAUGGGAAACCCCAUACAUUAUUGCUCUGCUGGUCCUUGGUGUCCUUCUCUUCCCCGUCUUUUACGUGUGGGAGGCCAAGCUUGCGCCGGUUCAAUUCUUGCCUUUCCGUUACUUGAAGCAGGGAACCAUUAUCGGAUCGAGUUUGCUCGUCGGCUUCAUGUUCCUGUCCACUUUUUGCUGGAACACGUACUUUUACUCUUACCUCCUGGUUGUCAACAGACAGCCCAUCGAUGAUGCCGGCUACAUUGUCAACACCUUUUCGCUGACUGCUUGUUUCUUUGCGCCCAUCAUUGGCUUCAUCAUCAGCUACACUGGCGAUUUCAAGUGGACGGCUUACUCUGGCGUGCCAAUCAUGCUGCUUGGCACCGCGCUCCUCAUUCCAUUCCGCCAGCCCAGCGCGCCUGUGGGCAUGCUCGUCUUUACGCAGUUCCUCGUCGGUCUGGGCAGCCAAGUCUUUAGCUCUUGCAGCACAAUCGCCAUCAUGGCCCCCGUAACUCACCAGUACAUUGCUGUCGUCAAUGCAAUUGCCGGUCUCUUUGGAGGUGUUGGUGCGGCCAUCGGUAUUGCCAUUGCCGGCGCCAUGUGGAACAACAUGAUUCCCGACCAGCUCUACCAGCGCCUUCCCGAGGCAAGCAAAGCCAACACCAGCAUCAUUUUUGGCGACAUAACAAUUCAACAAUCUUUCCUCGAUGGUACACCUGAGCGCGAUGCCGUUGUCGGAUCUUAUGCUCACGUCAUGCGCUUGAUGGUGAUUGCAGGUGCCGCUUUUAUGCCCCUCUGUCUUGUUUGUGUUUUCUCUUGGAAGAAUAUCAACGUCAGAAAGAUUGAGGAGGAGCAGGGCAAGCAGACCAAGGGACUGACGGUUUAG